CACGGCACCGUCACUGCGAGUAGUGGCUGCUACAAACACGUCACAGGGAACUCCCGAUUACAGCAAAAAACGAUUCUUCUUAUCCAUUCCGUUUUCGAAAUAAAAAACUUCUUUUCGGUCCAGAUUUUGAAAGAACAGGGAACCGUUCGAACGGUCAGAUUCGAAAUUCAGAACUAAGCACGCAGAAAGCACGCUAGUGGCUUCGCUAAGUCAUCCCAAAGUCGUCUGAUUCAUCAUCUCUUCACGUCGUUUUCCGGUGUAAGGGGGACAUCAAGAUGCUCGCCGCGGUGCUGACACUGCUGCUGUCAGCGCUAGUGUCCUGUGGCACAGCUAGCAUCGAACCCCCGUUGCUGGAGGCCCUAGCAGCGCCGUCGGCUGACCACGAGACGACGUCCUACCUUCUUCCACGGCUGUCAGCCAAGUUCCGACCCCACGGCGACUGGGACAGCGCUCCGGACCCUCGCUUCUACGUCCUCACCGAACUGCAGAGGGAAUCGAGCCAGGCCGCACGUCGAAUGAAGCGGACCGGAGCUGUACCUUCGCUCUCGAUCGUCAACCCACUGGACGUCUUAAGGCAACGACUUCUGCUGGAAAUAGCUCGAAGGCGCAUGCGCCAGUCCCAGGACCAGAUCCAAGCCAACAGGGAAAUGCUCCAGACCAUCGGCAAGAGGGACGCUGACCAAUCACAGCAGCGCAGUAGUGACGACGACGACGAAGACGAUGAAAUGGAUUCGGAAUUUAUGGUUUCGUCAACAGACGAAAAGUCCGGAAGCAACAGGCCUCGAGAUACACCAGACUGGUCGCCAUCUUCUGGUCCACGUUGGGAUGACGAGUUUGCGUCUCAGCACCACUAAAAACGCGCAGAGAUUGUGAGGUGUCUUGUGCUGUGUGGAGCCUGUAUCCUGGACACUUUCCAUCUAUCUAAUGCUCAGACAACUGAAACUGCUUCUGUAAUUUACUUCUUUCAUUGAUGUGAACUUCCGUUUGUAUCAACCCCAAACUCUGUAGCUCAUCUUGCCAGUCAAAAAGAGUUCCGAGUGGCAUCCGUCGUCAUUCCUACCUGCUGUAUCAUAGACUAAAGAUUAAAUUAGUUAUAUUUUAAUAGCAUAAGUUAUCAUUCUGAGGGAUAUACACGAUUUAACACUGGAUGUGACUUUUGCUACUUCAGUCUUCUGUUAUUUUAUUUCUCAAACUAUUUCUGAAUUUCUUUUGUGUUGGCGUCGCAGAUCUGUUGCCUUUUGUGGCUUCCUCAACUGUUUUAUUUAUUCUAAGACUACGGCUGCAGGUUCAGCCCCUAUGUGAAUAUAAUUGUUAUUAUAUAUUUUAAAUUAAAUAUUAAUUUAUUAUUAAAAAUAAACUGCUUCAGUGGGAUAAAUUAAGUUUUUUUAAAAUUUGUUAGUCCUGUUAAGAAUUUUCCUUUAAUAUCCCUCAAUCCUGAAAGACCAGAAAUAAAUCUGCAGAAUCCAUGCAUUUUUUUAGAGCUCUGUCAUGUUUUGAUGGGUUAAGGGGUCGUUUAUCAAAAUAUGCAAAAGUGUAAUUCUUUCAUUCAAAUGCAAUAAGCAACAAAAAAGAUGAAGCUUGAGAAUGGCAAGUCCAUAUUGUCGUACCAGCUGGCUUCUUAAAUAAGAACUUUCCAUUCAUUUACAAGGGAAACAUCUGGUUUGAGAUAAGUAUUUCUAUAAAGAACUCCACACAAGAAAAGACUCGAUUUCUAUGGCAGGAACUCCAUUUGCUUUAAGACCGUACUGCAGAUGUAGCAACAUUCAGUGUUGGUCGUCUUCAAUGCCGUCGGGCUCCGUUAACUUUGAUUGCGUUUCCUUCAAAAAAUAUGGAACAAAUUCCAAUCCACAGAUAAUUUCUUCGCCAGAUUCUUUUCUUGCUUCUGAAGUUCAACUUUUACAAUAAUAUCUUCACGCCCUUCAUAAUGUCUAUUAACGCAUGAUCGUAACGCAACAUUCCGAGCAUUUUUAUCACAAACCAGCAACACAAUUGUAAAUUAAUGCUAGUGUGUGAUAAAAGUUGUUAGAAUGUUGUAUUGUGGUUAUACAACAAUAAAAGCUUGGAAGUUUAAACUGUUCGCUUUCAUUUCCACUGUCACAGAUGCUGUAGAAAGCUUUAAAUGUGUCCAUCUGUUGUAGUGGUAAUUGAAUCACGCACCGUAACUCAAAUCUGAGCUUCAAUCUGCAUGUCUCGUAUGUACAUAGGAAAGUCUUGUAGACCGUGUUGCUUAAAAUAAAUUCCUGUGCCUGUA